AUGCCUGCCCUCGAGGCGAAGGCAGUUCUAGAGGACGAGGAGAAGGAUGGUAUCGGAGCUACCACUGAUAUUGGACUCUUGAUGAACGGCGCAAAGGAAAAUGGCAAGGAAGGCACGACUAUUUUCACCCCAAACACGGUCUCAAGGGUGGAGGCUGUUGACGAUGCGAUGGGUAUGAAGACGGGGAUCAAACUCGCGAAAAUCGCAAGCGUGCGGGGGCGUAUUUGGACGCACCGAGGCCACCAAAACGGCCUUGCAAAUAUCAGUGAGAUUCUGGCAUCGGCGGACGAGUACGCAGGAGAGUACUCGUUCGGAGGUCGAGCUGAUGCUCUGCCAGCUGCCCCUGGUCUUCUGGUUGAGGGGGUUGGAGCGAUCUCCCUCCCGCUGGUCGAAGCGCAAGCCCAGAAGCUCAUCUCAAUAUGUGAGAAGUCCCCCUUCGGCCACAACAUGGACACGAAGCUGGACGAGAGCGUUCGGAAGAGCUGGCAACUGGCACCCGAUCAAGUGGAGAUCACGAACCCGCAGUGGCAGCCAGGGCUGGAGGAGCUAAGCGAGAUGAUUGCCACUCGACUGGGGUACAAGGGCCUGCUCGUGUAUGGAGAAGGUGGACACUUCCUCAAGCACCAAGACUCGGAGAAGGAGGACGGAAUGAUCGCGACUCUGGUGAUUCAACCGCCCAGCACGCACGAAGGGGGCGACUUUAUUGUCUUUCGACAUGGAGAGGUGGAACAUCGCCACGAUUUCGGCAAGAGCGACGGCACCGCUCCGUUCCUCUGCUGCACUAUGCAGACGCGGAGCAUGCACUGGAGGAAGCAGAAGGUGUUCAACAAUGACAAGUACUUCCUGUCGCCACGACUGGAUCUGCUGCUGCAAGUGGCAGAUGCGGUUGAUAAGGACGAUACCGAGGGCAAGUUUGCUGUGCUGGAUGCGAUCGCUGCCAAGCGAGUGGGGUGGCUGAAACGUGCAAUAGGAAAACUCGACCGAGUCGGCAAGAUCUUUACGUGGAAAAUGCCGUACGCGAAGCAUUGGGAACGCAAUUUUAUUGAGGAUUUCCUACGUGGACCGAAGAAAGAGAUCACCACGAAGAGGAGGAUGAACCACCACCAGGACGAGGCACCGUUCAACGUGGCAAUCAGUGAAGAGAAAGGAAAACUGUUUUUGACGAUUACCAAGACGCAUGGGUGGUUCGACGGGGUCCCGAAGAGGCUGGAUCAGUGCAGAGAGGAGCUGGUGCACUUGAACGAGCGCUACAACGGUGUUGCGGGCGGAAGUUCUGCGCAACACUGA